UCUCCUCUCUCCAGCUGCCACGAGGCGCGGCGCGGCGCGGCUCCUCCUCGAAGCGGGCGGAACCCCGGCCGUGCGGCGGCGGCGGCGGAGGAGGAGCGGGGGGAUGAUGGGGUGCCUGUUCGGCUGCUUCCGCGCGUCCGGCGACGGCGGCGAGGUGAAGGGCGGAGGCGACGGCGGCCUGCUCGUGCCUCCGUCCCUGGCCCCAGCGACGAGCUACAAGGAUGCUGCGGCGAGGAGGACGAGGCAGCCGUCGAGGAACGCGCUCUCCGCCGUGUUCCAGCGAGAAGAUGAGGGAGCAGCUGCGGAGCAGACAGCGAGCUCGUGGGCCGACCAGAGCGAUUGGAGGAAGGGGAUGGAUCAGGAGCUUGAACCUCAGGCUAUUAUCCAAGAGAAUUAUGGUGCAUUGCAGGAAACUACAAAUGAAACCCAAAGAGCGCCCAAGAAUGCGGAUUCAGUCCAUCAGAAGGAAACACAUUCAGGAUGUCUUCCUGCCAUGUCUGAUGAUGUGCAUUUCAUGGAAGCCCUGAAGGUUGAGAACUGUGAAACUCCUAGGUCUCAUCAGAGCUCUACUGUACCAGAUGCAAUGAGUUCUUCAAAAACAAAUGAUGAGUUGCAGUCUUCAGCUACUUCCCUUGCAACUAAUGUGGAAGAGUUGAUGAAUGGGAGCAUUACUGAAGCUUGUGCGCAGGAUGAAGAACACCAAACUUUAGAUCCUGCCAAGGAUCUUGAAGAAUGUGGGGUAUCAAAAGAAGAUUUCUUACAUCCUGGACAAUCGGAGGAGGAUCCAAAGUGUGCAAAGAAUGACAAUGUGGUUGCCAUGGAAAUUUCAAUAUCUGAUGAAUAUUCCCUUUUCCAGAGCUCCGAGGAUUCUAUAUCAUCCUCUAACAAGAUAAGAGACAGCGUGACCACACCAUCUAUGGAGAAGUCCCUGGAAACUGAGGCAACUAUUCAUGGCACCAGAAAGAAGGUACUGAAGAACAAUGAUUCAGAGCUGGAGCUCCCAAGCUUGUCCCAUUGGUUGAAGCCUCCAAAUCCUAAGAAGCCAUUCAGAGAUGAGGCCUUGACAGGCAACAGGUCUCAUUCAGCUAAGAGUUCAGAUGAGGACAGGCCUAUUAUUGGAAUGGUUGCAGCACACUGGAAAGAUAAAGAGCCAGUAAAUUGCACUCCUAAAUGGUUUGAUGGAAAUGGCAUCCCCAAUUCAACAAAUAAGUACAAAGAAGAUCAAAAGGUGAGUUGGCAUGCAACACCAUUUGAGGAGAGGCUUGAGAAGGCUUUGUCUGAAGAGAAGAUACUCUCUGAAAGGAACUGCUCGAGUGGAAAGACGUCUCAGUUUUUGGGAGUGGAAGACGAGGAGAGUGAUACCGCUGAAUCUAACCGUCUAUAUGCUACUGCUUAUGCAUGAAAAGUUCUGUGCUCCACGAGUUACAGAAGCUUUCAGUACAAGUAUAACGUUUCCUGCUGUCAUGCUCCUUAUUGAUGGCAUUUGCACAGCCCUCUGUCCUCCAGUAGGUAGCAUCCGGAUGUGAUGUUUCAGUUGAUUGCUUUGUGCUUAUCUCAGUGGUUUAAGAUAAAAUCAACAAUGAUAUAGUUGCUGCUGAGGUUCACAAGUAUUGCUGGCAGCUUCUGCUGUUCUGUUUUGCUUGCAGUGGUAUCUAUUUUUUCCUGGCUUCCUUCUUGAAUGUCAUGCUUCACUCUGCAAUCCUAGUUGUCCCAUAGCAUGUUAACCCAUAUACAAGAAAUGAGCUGUUUCUGGUUUGCCUUAAAAAAUUGAAUAUAAUCUCUGUCGAACUCCUUAACCUGCCUGAAAUUAUUAUCUCUUGAUUAUCGUCUUAUUUGCACACUUGAAAUUUACCUCUUUGUCCUUGUCUGAUCAGUGAUUCUGUAGUUCUGGUUUGGACUGUUUCUGGUCUAACACCUCUAGCUCGGUCAUUUUAUUUAUUAUCUUAGUAUUUUGAUCAUUGAACAAAAACUAUGUGUCUUCCUUGGUCAGAGAAGCCGCAAAAUCAGGUUGUCUGUUUUCUUGACCAUCCAGACACAGUGAUAAGAACUCAUCGAUACUAUAAUCCCAAUGGUUAAUUACCAUGGGAAAAGUGCUUCAUUUGGUGAGUGUUUCCUGCAUGCCAUAUUCUUGCUACUGUCUGUUGAAUAUAAAGACGGCUGUUUUGUCAUCUAGGAAGUCACUUCAGCCUCCAGGAUGGUGUUUAAGCUCUUUUCUUACAACUUCUCACAUCACUGACCUAAGGAAGACGUCUUCUUCUUCAGAUUAGAUGGAUUAAAAAUGUAACAUUGUGCCCCCUGUUAUGCUGUAACUGGUUAAGAAACAUUGAAUUGCAGCAUCAACUUGGGAGCAAUUGAUUUGUUCCCCCCACUAAGGUGCUGCAAGGGUCAAAGUAGGGGAUCAGCACAAGAAAUGUAUCUCAUGGUUUGUUUAUGCGAUUAAAAUCGCAGAUGAUA